CAGGGAAAGCUGCUCUUGCGUCGCAUCACUUCUGCCAAUCUCCUCACCGUAGUAGAUAUUCCCAACACCAUCUGUAGCUUCCCCCAAGCUCGAUCUCUAAUCCAAGCAACCUAUCCCGUUACCUACUAUUUGAUAUAUCGCCAGUAUGGUUGCUCCGGCUAUCCUCAUGGGCGUUCGCGGCGUCCAGGUGUUGUUCAGCAUCAUCGUGCUUGGCUUGAGCGCAUAUCUCGUUGAUGCAUACAUCACCUGGGUACCAGGAAGCGUUGCGUUUAUGCUCUUCACCUCCAUCUGGACCCUUCUCGUUGUCGCCUAUCUGAUCCUUGCACCGACCCGCUUCCCUGCAGCUGCCCACAAGUAUGCUAUCGCCGGAGUCGAAUUCAUCACCAUGAUCUUCUGGUUCGCCGCUUUCGUCGCUGUGGCUACGCGCUGGGGUGGCGAGUGGUGGGUUGGCCAUGGUACCUUCUGGAGCUGUGGUGUUGCUGCUAUUAUUUUCGGAGCAUUCCUCUGGUUGACAUUUGUCGCUACCACUAUCCUUGCUGCGCUACACAUCCGUGGCUCAGCAAGCAGUGACCCCGCCCCUCCUAUGACCAACGUCUAAGCAACGACUUAUUAUUGUUACACUUCAACCUGUACCCACGGCUAGCUUCUAGCCACCUAGGAAAUGAUACCCCAAACUAUCUCUUUGACUUGUUCUUGUCCCGUCUCUAGGGGACGUGGGACUCGGCGUUUGUUCUUGGCGUGUACGAUAUGUUGUUACGAAGUCUUGUUAGCAUGUUAUGGGUU